AUGCGUCUUACACUUGCUUUCCUUCUCUUCUUGGUCGCCCUCACUGUGGCUCUUCCAGCAACAAACACCAAGCCCUCUGCGGAUAAGAAGAAACUUGAGAAGGGCAUCAAAGAUAACCUCAAAGCUGGCGACAAGGAGAUCUCUGCCACUGAGAAGGCAAAUAACGCUGCCAAGAAGAACGAUGCCAAGGGUCUCAAGAAAGAUGAAAAGAAGAUCAAUAGUGCCUUGGAUGAGGCGACUAAGGACCGUCAGAAGAACCAGAAGAUCGCCGGCAACAAGGAUCCCGCUCUUACCAAGGGACUUGGGAAAGUUGAGAAUGCGCAGAAGGGUGCGAAGAAAACAGUCAAUGGCUUGACUGGCGACCCUAAGAAGGAUAAGGGAUCCUUAGACAACCUGAAUGCUACUUUCAAGAAGGGAAAGAAGACUAAUGAAGAGAAUUUGAAGGAGGCCAAGAAGAACUUCAACUAGGUCACAUGUGAAGGUUGAAGAACAACGGCUUUCGGUCUGAAAGGGUCGUAGAUCUAGUUUACCAUUGACUUAAGGCAGAGUAAUUGAAAAUACUUG